CCAACUCAUGGGAAGAGAGUUUGGGCCAGCUGGCGCCGGGCUACCAAAUGACAACACUGGAGCAGGCGAUACUGAGGCGGCGAGAAACAUGAGACGUUAUUGCUGAUUGAUAAAAUGAGUAAAACACUCUUUUUUCUCAAUGGACAACCAGUGAUUUUAACAAAUGAUGGGACGGAUUCACAAAUCCCAACAAAUACAGCUCUCGCUGCAGCAGUUGAAGGAUCGGGAAGUGUGGAAUUGCACGAUGAUUCAAAAGGUGUCAUUAAUCCGAGAGAAGGCAGCAAGGAUUCCCAAACCUUGGGAUCAAGAUUGGGAGAAUCUGAAAGCAUUGGAGACGGUUUAAGAUCUAACUUUGUACAGGUCAAAGUGAACGGUAGAGAAGUGCCAGGGUUUAUGCUUUCACAAAAUAAGGCUGGAAGUGUGCAUAAAAUAAUAGGACAGCCUCUACACCAUCAAAAGCUGGAGUAUGAUUUAUUGUUCCCAGAUAAAGCUGUUAAUAUUGAUGGACCUGAAAAGGGUAAUGAAGUUGAAUCGGAAGGAUUCUUACAUUUUCACGAUGCCUCAGUGCAGAGAGCAUUGGCUAAAAAUUCUAGUUUCGGUGAUGGGGAAGAGAGCUGUGGGAGUGAUAUGUUUGCACUGGCAGCCAAUACUGAACUUUUACACACUCAGAUAGAGGGCAGUAGUCAGGAAAUGGGCUCAGUAGACAGCCUCCAGAAUCUUGUUAGACUUCCUAUUGCUUCAAACCGUAUGCAAGUUGAUGCACAAAGUGUAAAUGUAACUACAGAUCAAGGCCAAGUUUUGCAGGUAAGUGCAGAUGACAGUCAGGUUCAUCAUAGAAAUUUGUCUACAAUAGUUGCCAUCAUCCAGGGAGAAGAUGGUAGUACCCAAACAAUUGAGCUUUCACCAGAAGAGGCUUGUAAGCUGAAUCUUCCACAGCUGUUGGCUGGAAAUGUCACUGUUGAGCAACAACCAGUUAAUUCUCGUCCAGAUAAAAUUGAUGAACUUUCCACAGUCCCAAAUCUAGAAAAUGACCAGAAGAGCCGGUUUGGAGUGGGUGAACACAGCACUAAAGACUCUGAAGGAUACGCUGCAUCUGUAUUCCCAGGAGAGGAUAGAACUGAUGGAAUCAGUGUGAAUAGCUCUUGUGAUGUUUCAGCAAAUGAUGCAGAUGUUAGUUUAGGGCCUUUCCUCUUUAUCCCUGAGUAUAAUGAUGAUGGCAGUAUCUCCAUCCUCAAGAUAAGAGGUUCAGAUUCUGAUGUUACAGGUAAAGUUUCAGUUGAUGAACCCCCAAAUCUAAAUUCAGUUUUGCUAAAUAAUUCACAGAUUCAUCAUGUAGCAGAGACUUCUGACAAAACUUUGUUGUCAUUUCCACGUCCAGGUCAAAGUGUACAGAAGAUAAGUCUGCCUAUAAAUUCCACUCAGCAAAUAAAAAAGUACACCAACAUUAAGCCCAAGCACAUUGACUGGAAGACUGUUGCUACCAAACCAGCACCUAAAGUUCCUGGAAGUAUGUACUUGCGUAAUAUAGCAAAGAGGACAAAGUUUAGGAAUUUAACUUCUUUUUUGGACACAAAACAAAUUCAUCAGGAUUGUGAGGUAAUAACGAAGAGUCAUGAUAUAGAAACUGUGAUACCUUCCAGCACAUUCAGUGCAUCAAUAGCAGGGUUGUCUAAUGCGGCAAGUUCAUCAACUCAAACCUUGGUUAUGACAUCGGCCAAUGGAUUCACUUUGGGCCCUGGUAAUGAGCUGCUCAAUCAGUCGUCACUUUUGGCCGAGAGAGAGGUAACAAACCAACUGAGCAUAGAAGAUAUGGCACUUCAUCACCCAUCCAAAACUGCUUCCAUUCUACAUUGUGAAACUCCACCCAAGUUACACCAAGGCUCGGUGGUGUCUGGUGAUCGAGCACUCACCAUUAAAGUUAGUACUGGGCCUAUUUGUGUGACCGGCUCAGCAAUCCGUACCAUGGCUCCAUCCACUACAUCAGUUCCCUCCAUCAAAUGUGCAGAACCUAGCGAGUCAUUGAGUAGCUGUAGUCAGUCUAACUCGGACUCGCCAAGCUUGACAUCUAUUGUGUAUUGUUCAUCAGGUGGGGAUGAAACUCCAUUCACUGUACACCUUCCUGGAGGUGAUAAUACCAAGCCUCUUGGCUCUAGUGAGAACCCGAUACAGCUGGUGCAACAGGGUAACACAUUUCAGGCUUUGCAACCAGUUCAAGAGAGACAGCUGGAACAAAUUACGGCCUUAUUGCAGCAGCGGCGCAUCACGGCUCCACCAACCACCCACCAUGACCACCAUGAGAUAUAUGAUCCAAAAACUAAUAUGAAAAUAGUAUACAAGGUUGUGUUUCCUGAGGACAUCCUCCAUGGGGACGACGACGACGAUGACGAGGGCAAGGACGAGCACCUCACGUGGGAAGGACGACUGGGACUACUGGAGAAGAGGAAAGGGAGAAAAUCCAAGGAUUGGAGAAAAAUGAAAUUAAUUGAAGAGGAGGAAGUUGAUGUGGAUACUAUAUUGGAUGAAAAUGAAGAAAGAAAGAAACUAAUUUCUCGGACACGUUCUGGCCGCAUCUCUCGACCACCCCGUCACAUGAUGAAGGAUUUCAAGCAUCUCCACCCAAUUAAUUUUAAUGAUGACAUUAAGGACAAGAAUGCCCCUGGUGUUGGUUAUUGUGACUACAGCGAUCACGAGCAACCUGAACCCGAAGAGAAGCCGCAGCCAGUUUUAGAGUUACCUGAACGAAAAAAGAGAGAGGUGCCCAUUAUAACUCGUCUUCGCUAUACUUGCUUGACGUGUGGAAAACUCUAUAUGGGAAAAAUUGAAGCCCAUUUUAAAAAAUUUCCAGACCAUCGCCGAGAACGCCCUCUCACUUUAGAUGACCUAAAGCAGUCAUAUUCUGCUAUUAAAACAUUAUCAGAUUCUGUCAAGCCCAUGGGUGAAGAAGGGAAUGAAAUAAACAAGUCUGUAUUGAGCCCUACGCCUGGUACUCAGGCUUCAGAAACCAGUGGAGAACCUAGUUUACCCAUGGAAACUCUUACUACCCAACCCCUGGACACACAAACUGCCUUGCCCACACAGCAGCAAGCAGAUGUACACUCCCCGCAAUUUGACAUUCCAUAUGAGCUGACUCCUGUUCAAGAGAGUCGAGGCAGAAACCGGCGGACAAAAAGAGGGCGUCGCAGCAGAGGAAGGGGAUCGAGGGUUAGAUCAGGUGCCAGAUCUUCAUCAGCAAGAGCCCACAUUCCAGCCCCAGGGCCUACUCCCUCACCUUUGAAUAUGCUGGAAAAGAUUCUUAGUGGAUACAGCUCUGAAGAUAUUCAGGAGGCUGUUGGCAGACGUCUGGUUCAAAAUUUGACUCCAUGGCAACUACUGUGCUUUCAAGCUGUUGGUAAGAAGGCAAAUAAUGCAGAGUGGUCAUGGCAGGACAGGCUUUCUACAUUGGAAAGCCUUCUCAUAGACUGCAAGGAGGAGUUUCAAAGACAAAUGGUACCUCAGCAAGAAGAGUCAUAUAAUACUUGUCACAAGCAGAAACCUUCUAAUUCAAAUGAUAUGGAGUGUGGCAAGUUGAAUCCAGGAAACGAUAUGCAGCAGUCAUCUGUAAAGUCGGCCACAGGGGAUUUUCAUCCAUUGUUGGACGGUGAAGAGACUGCUAGUAAACAUUUCAUUGAGAAAUGUUCCACAAGUAUGGCAAAUGUCAAGGUGUGUGACUAUCUUGCCAGUGUCCUUGGAAUUACAAGCGGUGUUUACAAACACAGGGAAGAGUUAAACGUUCACUCGCCUCCAAUUCCUUGUUCUGUUGAUUCUGUUUCAAGGUUAACAAAAGACAGUCUAUCAGAGCUAAUAAAUACUGUUGUAGUUAAACGAGAGUUGGAGGUGGAUAAUAGUUCUAUUGGUGAAACAUCGAACAAGAGAAAUCGGAUAGGUUUACAGGAGAAUGAACAAGUUUUGGCUCACAAGUCCAACAUUGUACUGAAUGCUGAUCAGAGAGCACACUGUGAUAUUACAGGAAUUGAUAUUAGUACAUAUCCCAUCAAAGCUGACACUGAUAGUGUGAGCAAAGCACUUGAGGAGGCAACCCAUAACUUGGAUCUGUCUUCUUAUAGCCUCUCUGUACACAUGUCUUCUGAGCCUAGUUUAAGCCCUAGCCAGUUACAAACUUCCAUAUCAUCAUCAUCAUCAUCAUCAUCAUCAUCAUCAUCAUCAUCAUCAUCAUCAUCAUCAUCAUCAGCAUCUGUGUUGACUGCAUCAGAAGGGACCACAAGUUUAUCUACACUGCUUUCAUCGCCGCACUUUAGCAUACCCAUGAGCAACGAGUGUGUGUCGAGGAGCAGCACCACCUUGACCAUGAGCCACGCAGCACCAUGUGUCACGCACACGUCAGCAGUCACAAGUGUAACCUCUAGUCUACCUCUUGAAGUUUGCCACUUUUCAAGUCAUAACCUUAAUUCAGAUUCUACUAUAUCUUCUUGUUUGCCAUUGUCAAAUAUUGACGCUUCCCUCAUUCCUACCUCUACAAUACCUCAGGUAAAUACAAUACAACAGAUGCCUCUUGGUGACUUAGAUAUUACAGCAGAGGAUCUACCACGGCUGUUGAGUGAAGGAACGGGAUUAGUAGUUGGUGGCACUGGUGAUGGAGAAGCAUGUGAUGCACCCAAACUUUUGGACACAUCAGGAGACACAUCUGACCUAAGUGAAAUGCUCUUCAAGCUCCAAGAAGCUACUGUAGGUAUUAGUCAAAAUCAGGAUCCUAACCUAGGUCCACCUGCUUAUCAGGAACACAGUAUGACAUCUUCACAAGUAAAUGGUAAUAGUAGCCAGUUAAUAGCAAACCAGAGUCUUGAUGUUCAUUCUGGAGUUGCUCUUCCUUCCCGAGGUUAUAGCGCCGUAGGGCAAACAAAUUCCCAUUCUACACCCAAUUUGAGCCUAAAAUUAGACAUAUCGCAGCCUAGCAGUGAACCAUCUAUGCCUAUCCUAACGUUUACAGGGGCUUUAGAUACUAAUUCUGGUUUUAGUAAUACAUCUUUAAAUCAACCAAUUAAUGGCACUAAUAGUGGUGGCAAAGUACAGCAUGCUUUGCUUCAUCAGGCAGAUGAUCAACAAGAAAAUGUGAGUAUUGGCCAGAAUGAGACAAUUUUAGAGAGUGAGAGGGAAAGGGUCAACAUUGGGUUUAGUGUGUCAGGGCUAGGAAGCAAUGAGUUUGAGGACCUUCUUAAAAGAUAGUAUGUGUGAGUGUGACUGUGUUUGCAUGUGUAAUUACCAAAUUGUAGUUGCAGAAAGAGAGCUGUGCUUGUGGUGUCCCAUUUUCUCUAUACAUUUUGUGAUUUACCGUUGUCAGGGACAAGACGCCUAUUAGACUUAUUGAGGUUUCCCUAGACCAACUACUGACCUACCUCAGGAUGCAUCCCAGAACAGUUGCCUAACUCCCAAGUACCUAUUUACGGCUAGGUAAACAAAGGCAUCAGGCGAGAGAAAACAUGCCCGGACAUAUUGUCCUGCUGCAAGAAUGAACCAGGGACCUUUCUGUUGUGAACCAACUGCACUGGCUGCUGCACUCAAAAGUUCCUCAAAUGAGUCUUAAAACAAGCAGUAGUAUUAUUACAUACAACUUUCUCCUAAAGAUUGUUUCGUCCCAAAAAUACUCAAUAACUGAACCCUUUCCAGUCCGUUGCCAUCGUGAGGGGGGCUUAGUGGGCGGCUGCUGAAGUGUGAUGCUCUUUGGGGGACAGCUUGUCCUCUGUCCUUUUGACGCCUUAUGCUUCUGCUGUUGUCUUCUUCAAUUUUGCUGGUAGUUUUUUUUCCUCUUCGUCUUGUUUCGUUUUUCUCUCCACCGCUUCUUCUUUCAGAGUGUUCCCUACCUGCCGACUUUUUGUCAUUUUUUAAUGUUCCUUCUGAUGUUUUGUUUUGACGCCGGGUGUGUGGGGAGGUACACACUCACCUGUAGAACUGUGGUACCUGACAUUGGCAAGCAAGGGGAUGCGUUUAUUGUCAGAUUUUGCCUUCAUUGCUGAGCCCGAUCUCGACAGACUGAUGGCUCAUAUGGUGACAAUUGCAGGGUGUAUAUCCACAAUGUGGAUACACUUCCAGGAUGUGUGUAAUUACCUAAUUGUAGUUACAGGAUGAGAGCUACGCUCGUGGUGUCCCGUCUACCCAGCACUCUGUCAUAUAACGCUUUGAAGCUACUGACGGUCUUGGCCUCCACCACCUUCUCA